AUGAUACCAGACCCUGCGUCUGCAGCCGCUUCCGAGCUAAAUAGGAGCUCAAGCCAGGAUGAGGCAAAGUCCUCAGGAGCCGUCAAUAAUUCCGAGGAUGAGUCUGGCAAUGAGAACAGACACAAGAGAGGGCGACGUCGGAAAAGACCUCUCAAAGAAGCGGAGAACGUUGCCAGCAAAAAAACCAAAAGUCGUCGGAGCGGCGAUCGAAAGGACGUUCGCCGUCGUAAAUGUCGACACGCAGAAGCCGUCACCUUGUUUGACGUCAUUACCAUGGGGCCGAGCGCCAUGCGGGUGGUCAUCGAGGGUUGGACAGAAGCCUACGCGGCGGACAGAGACGCGUCCCUCCUGGACCUCAUCAGCUUUUUCAUUCAGUGCUGCGGCUGCAAAGGUGUAGUCACAGCUGAAAUGUGUGACACCAAAGGUGACAGUGAUGCCAUGGACAAGUUGGUGGACGAGUUGGUAGAAGACUUGGAUGAGGUUGCCAGUCUGCAGUACAAGAAGUUUCUUGCGUUUCCAUGGAUUCUCACAGUCACUUGGCCCACUGAUGCAGACAGUCUGGACUACCCUCUGAUCCAGCCCGGACCGUACGGCCGAUGGUUCCACACGGAGCUUUGCGACUUUGUGUCGGUUCUGGUGCGCCAGUGUCAACACAGCCUCCUCUUUGACAACUUCUUGGUCAACACGCUCAUUUCGCUGCUGUCAGAGCUGUCCGACUCCCACGUGCGGGCUUUCCGACACACCUGCACACUCGCAGCGGUCAAACUGCUCAGCUCCCUGGUGGACGUGGCUCUUAAUUUGAGCACAAGUGUUGAAGAAAGUCAAAAGCUGCAACAGGUGCAGAGGCCAAGUCGACAGAAGGCGCAGGGGGAGCGAGCGCAACAGAAAAUGAAGGAGCUGCUGGAAAAAAGGGCCGAGAUAGAGAGCAUGAUGGACGCCAUCUUCAAGGCCGUUUUUCUCAAGAGAUAUCGUGACGUGCUUCCGGAAAUCCGUUCCAUCUGCGUGGAGGAGUUGGGCCUGUGGAUUAGGCUUUACAGCUCUGUGUUCCUCAAAGAUACUUACCUCAAAUACAUGGAUUGGAUGUCAUACGACAAGAUUCCAGAUGUGCGUCUCAGGUGUAUUUUAGGCCUUCAGACCUUAUAUGGUGAUCCUCUUCUUUUGCCUCAAUUGGACCUCUUCACCAGUCGCUUCAAGGAUCGAAUGAUAUCCAUGACACUGGACAAGGACAACGAAGUGGCAUUGCAGACAAUGAAAUUGUUGCUGCUCAUCUCCAAAACGUGCGAAGAUGCACUGAGUUCCGAUGACUACGAGGCUCUUCUCCAGCUUGUUUAUUCCUCGCAGCGCCCUCUUGCAGCUGCGGCCGGGGAGCUACUCUUUCUCAGGAUUCUCAGCGCUGACGAUCCUGCCGCUAACAGUCAGGAGGGAAUUAUCCAAGGGGAGAGUCAUCAACGGAAAACUUUGAGGAGACUCAAGGCCCUGCUGGAUUUCUAUCACAACUCUAAGCUGCACAACCACGUGGUUUACCUGGUGGACAGCCUUUGGGACUGCAGUGGAGCUCUACUGAAGGACUGGCCCACAAUCACAUCUUUACUGCUUCAAGAUCUCUCGCCGGGGACAGGCUUCACCAGGGAGGAAGAAUUGGCGCUCGUAGAAAUCGUGCUCGCGUCUGUACGGCAGGCGUCAGAAGGACCAGCGUUGGCCGGGAGGAACGGUGCGAAGAAGAUGAUGAGUUCCAGAGAAAAGAAAGUUCAGGUUGACGACUGCGCAAAACUAACACAGCACUUCUUGUGGGAACUUUCAAACUUAAUGACCAAGUUUUCAGGUCGAUGGGACAUUGUUGCCUCCUUGAUGAGGAUUCCUCAGUACUUCCUGCCAGAGAGCCCCGAGGCUCUAAACACCCAGAUGGUUUCUAGACUGUUAGCGGAAAUCGGACUUGUUCUGGAGGGCCAUUCGGGCACUGAUGUCCUGGAGGCGGCAUCUCGCACAUUCCUCAGUCUGUGCGGAGAGGAGACCACCUGGGGUUCCACGGCCCGCCCCGCCAGAGAUUCCAUGGUUCAGAGCUGGGUGGACCACCUCAAAGACCUGUUGACGGACUCCUUCACGGAUGGCAUCUUAUCUGCUGAUGAAGUGCAAACUGAAGACAUUUUAGUCACACUGAAGAAACUCAGAGCUUUCCACAACUGUCACGACCUUUCUGGCUGGAAUCUGUUCGACCUGCUCUCGCCUCUCCUGCCAGUAGAGGGCAGCCAGGAGGAGUUGCCACCUCAGGUGUUGAAGGAAGUGUUACAAUGUCUGUGUUACUGUGUUUUCUGGUCCCUGAGCAAAAGUGGAGAAACUCUGACUUCCAGGGACAAGGCUGUGUCCCAAAGGCUUCAGUUGCGUGUACUGAGCGAGGCGAGUCAUCGCUGUCUCUCUCAUCCUGACCACAGUGUCAGACAGCAGGCAUUUCUAGGCGUGUGUGACAUCCUAACCGCGCACUCCUCCCAGCGACAAGCGUGGCAUCCCACCUCAUGCGGCCCCCUGCCCUACACACCCACACCCAAACUGCAGAUGGCGCUUUUGCACUUUGUAUGCAAGAAUGUCUUUGUGGGGCCAGAUUGUGACCACGACAGCAAAGCUUGCCUGAGUUCCGAGGAGGAGAAAAUGGAAAAGCUCCAUAAACGAAGAAUCAUGCUGGCCGCCUACUGCAAGCUCAUCCUACAUGGCGUACUGGAGAUGAGCACGGCGUCGGACAUCUUUACCUUCUAUGUCAAGCAUCAUAACGACUUGGGUGACAUCAUCAAGGAGACCAUACACAGAUGCAGACUUCUCGAUAAGCUGGAGAGCACUCGUGCGCUAGUGCUGUCUUUGCAGCAGCUUUUUGUGCGUCUGAAGCGCGAACAAGAGGGCGCGGGGUCAGCUCACGUCCACCUCGGGGUCCAGACUUUCGCCGGCAUCAAGGAGCUAGCCAGACGCUUCGCCCUCACCUUCGGGGACCCCGUUAAAUAUCGAGAGUGCCUCGUACUCAUCCACAGGAGCGGCAUUGAAUUUGUUUUCCGGGACUUUGCUGGCUCCUCCCUGGCGUUCCUGCCCUACUUGAUCAUCCUGGCCGAGUUCUCCGGCAAGCUGCUCAAACCAGACAAGAGGACAGUGUUAGCCUACUUGCAGAAGCACGUGCCAAACCUCAAAGAGGUGCAACGGCAGCCGCUGCUCCUCUACCGCGGCUCCCUAUUGGCCGAAGGGGACGACGACGCCUCCCACGGACGCUCCAACGCGGCCAAGAACAAACCGGAACGCUCGCCGAGCCCCACUGAUCCUCGAAUUGAAAAUCGCAGCAACAAGAUGACCCGUACGCCGGACCCUGUGGUCAGUCGACCCCCGACACAACUCAACGCUACCACGUCUGACGGUGACGAAGAUGACGAAGCUGCCGUGGAAGUUGAGCUCUGA